CAAAGCUAUUCCUUUAUUUCCAAAUAAAAUAUUAUUUAACUGCAUAGAUAAUUCGAGAAAUCGUACAAGUGGACUCGGAACUACAAGUUGCCGGGUGUUAGCAAACGUCGUAAUAACUUACGGCCUCAAAAUUCAGUCCCAAUAUUUAACUUAUUUUAUUUUCAUAGUGAUAAGUUUAUUAUUUUCGGUGUUUGCGUAUGAAAUGGCCUGGUCCGGGAGAUUUCAUGCAAAAAGCAAUCACGAUCUGGUGCAACACCUUAAAAGAUCGAGAGUAAUUAAAUCCAACAGAGUUUACGAAGCAAUGGCUUCUGUAGACAGAGGAAAUUAUACUCAUUCUACCUAUGCGUAUAUAGAUUCCCCACAAGGAAUUGGCUAUGGUGCUACUAUAAGUGCUCCUCAUAUGCAUGCUUACGCUUUGGAAGUACUCGAAGACAAAUUACACGACGGUGCCAGGGCAUUAGACGUUGGCUCUGGUUCUGGAUACUUGACUGCUUGUAUGGCAAUAAUGAUGGGCCCAAAUGGAUUAGUCGUAGGAAUGGAUCAUAUUCCUGAACUUAAGGCAUUUGCUAUUGAGAAUAUUGAGAAAGAUAAUCCAGAACUCCUUCGAAGUGGUCGAAUCCAGCUAAUCGUUGGAGACGGGAGAGAAGGAUAUCCGGAGAAAGCACCGUACGAUGCGAUUCAUGUAGGGGCUGCUGCUAAAGAAAUGCCACAAGCCUUAAUCGAUCAAUUGGCUCCUGGGGGACGUAUGGUUUUACCAGUGGGUAGAGAAAAUUCAGAUCAGAUGCUGGUGCAGGUUGAUAAGACAACGGAUGGUCAGAUUAAGAAAACUCCCCUCACAAGCGUAGUUUUCGUUCCAUUGACCAGUAAAACUAGGCAGUGCCCAUCAUGAGAUACAUGUAUGCUCCAAUAAGUGAGCAUUUCUUUUGCGAGCUGCACACAAAUUGUAAAGAUAUAGUUUUAGUUCUCAUACGUGUCGGUAUCGGUUUCAAAUUAAAUGUAUUAUAACUCUAGUCACCGACGUUCAUGAAACUAUUUAUUAUCCUUCGUGCCUCACAGCUCUCGUGCAAUUCUCAACUACGUCCCUGGGGGACAGCAUUAACAAGUUUAGAAGCACUAAUCUUAAUCACGUUUUUAUUAAUUACUCCUUAAAACUAAAUACAAAUUGUUAUAUUUAGAUUUAACAGAGAAUGGACAGAACUAUUUUAAUUUAUUGUACUCUGAUUUGUUAACAAUAAAUCAUUUAAAUAUA